CAAUUUCAGUUUGACAAUUCAUGUGUUUAACUUUGGACUUUGGAUUAAUACCUGUCGUGUACAAUUUGUUUUAUUAUUUAAUCGUGGGCUGUCAUUAAAGGAACAUUGUGAUAUUAAAAAAGUAAUAAACAAAAGAAGAAUGACUUCGUUAUUCAAAACAAUCGUUUUCAAUAAUCCCCGGAUAAUAUCGCAUGUCUUUAAGCGCUCAUUCACAGUAGCGGAGCUCAAACCGUAUGAAACAUUAGCUGUGUCUGUACCAAAGCCAUAUGUGUAUCAUGUGGAACUCAACAGACCGAAGAAGUCCAAUGCCUUCACUAGAGUUAUGUGGCAGGAGAUUGGUGAAUGUUUUACGGCACUCAGUAAUACUGCAGACUGUAGAGUCAUUGUAUUGUCUGGACAGGGAAAGAACUUUACUGGAGGUAUUGACAUCCAAAGUCUGGUACAACUAGCUUCAGAGGCCGAUGAUUUACCGGAUGUGGCGAGGAAGGCUCGAUUCCACAGCAACUUCAUCAAAUAUGCACAGGACACCAUCACAUCGCUUGAGGUUUGUGUGAAGCCGGUUCUCAGCGUUGUCCACAGCGCGUGUGUGGGAGCCGGAGUCGACCUCAUCACGGCUGCUGAUAUGAGGUAUUGCACAGAAGACGCUUGGUUCUCAGUGAGGGAGGUUGAUGUCGGUCUAGCAGCUGAUGUGGGGACGCUACAGAGACUGCCUAAGGUGGUCGGAAACACAUCGAUAGCUCGCGAGCUGUGCUUCACCGGCCGCAAGUUCACCGCACAGGAGGCUAAAGAGAUCGGACUGGUCAGCAAAGUGUUCCCUGAUAAGGAUACAGCAAUGAACACAGUCAUGGAUAUAGCAGUGAACAUAGCAUCAAAGAGUCCGAUUGCCGUCCAAACUACUAAAAUCAACCUCGUCUACUCCCAAAGCAGACCUAACCAAGAUGGAUUAGAACAUAUUCGUCUCCUCAACGCCGUGAUGAACCAAGGAGAAGAUCUACCGAAGUCUGCUAUCGCACAAGCCACGAAGGGCCCUCCACCAGAAUUCGAUAACGUUUGAUUUUAUUAUUUAAAAAAACUUCGGGUCUAUAAUUCAUAAUAAUGUAUAAUGUUUCUAAAGGUUUUUAAUUUCUAUAAGUAAUAUUUAUUUAUGUACAAAGUAUUUAAGUGAAGCCCUUAAUAUUUUAAAUGGCUUUUUCGUGCAAAAAAGCAAGUUUCCCAAGCAAGUAAUAGAGGUAAAGUAAAAGAUUCGUUUUAUAUGAAUUUGAUCAGAUUACAAUGUUAGUUAUUGUUUCGCAUUCUUUAUUUAUUUAUACUUAAUUUUAAACAGAAUAUAAACAAGCUGGCUCCUCUGAUAAUUGAGUAUUGGGUUAAUCUAAGGGUUUUCUUCCAUCAUGUCAAGACAGAGUAGGUACUUUUUGCGUAAAAUGGCCACAUUAAAAUACCUAAAUAUAGUUAUAUGGUCUAGUCUAUAAGAAAUGACUUUAUAAUUACUGUAUACAUUUUAGAGGCAUACUGUAUAUUAUGUUAUGAGUAUAUUUUUUUUACUCUAUUUGUGUAUUUCAAAUCGGUAAACAAUGUUGGUGCGUCUAUUUUUCUACAAAAGUUUAAGAAUUAAAGUCUACUAACAGAAAUGUAAAACAACGUUAAAGAUUACAAAAUCAAAUACUUAUACCAAUGAAAUAAAUCAGUCGUUUGUCAAUUUAAUACGUGUUUGUACAAAAUUAGUGUUAUUGACUGCCAAUCCUAUUUAUAUAAUUAGUCAAUUAAGUAGUAUAAAAUAUUUUUGAAUUCUAUACAACUGUUACCUACGUCUAUACACAGUACAUUAAAUAUAUAAAUACUAA